CGCGAGAGCAAGACACACUGUCUGGCGGGAAAUGGUGUCCUGAUACUGUUUCUGAGAAUGACAAGGCAUUGAAACAUGAUUGUCAUCAUGUGAAAAUGAGCACGACGUUAGCGAUAAGUUGAACGUUUUUGUAUUUCAGAUUUGUUUUCUACUUUAUCGUUAUCGGUCGUAAGAAAUAAGUGUUUGUCAGACCACGGACUUAGAUAACAGUCAGACUCAUAUUUCACAACAAAGAUGGCGUACACAGGCGAUUCAAACGCCCCUAUGAGAGACGCGAAGAGAGUCCAGUUCGGCAUUCUCAGUCCCGACGAAUGUCGACGAAUGUCGGUAACUGAUGGAGGUAUCCGAUAUUCAAGGAUGAUGGAAUGUUGGCGUCCCAAGCUAAAUGGAUUGAUGGACCCACGACAAGGAACCAUGGACAGAAAUGCCCAUUGUCAGACUUGUGCUGGCAACAUGUCUGAAUGUCCAGGUCACUUUGGUCACAUAGAAUUGUCAAAACCAGUUUUCAAUGUUGGCUUCUUCAAAAAGACGAUCAAAGUGCUGAGAUGUGUGUGUUUCUUCUGCUCCAAAUUGUUGGUAGACCCGACUGAUCCCAAAAUCAGGGAUAUUCUGACCAAGUCUAAGGGACAGCCAAUAAAAAGAAUGGCUCGUGUAUACAAGCUAUGUAAGAACAAACGGAUCUGUGAAGGAGGAGAUGAAAUGGAGACAGAGUUAGGGGAGCAACAAAACCGAGAGGGGGAUGAAGAAAAAACGGGCCAUGAAGGUUGUGGGCGCUUUCAGCCUCAGAUCAAAAGAACAGGUUUGGAACUGGUGGCUGAAUGGAAACAAGUAAAUGAGGAGAGUCAAGAGAGAAGGAUCAUGCUGACGGCAGAGAGAGUUCACAAGAUAUUCAAGAGAAUAUCGGAUGAGGAAUGUUUGGUGAUGGGAAUGGAGCCCAAGUAUGCUCGCCCUGACCAUAUGAUCAUCACAGUAAUGCCAGUGCCACCACUCUCUGUUAGGUCAGCUGUGGUCAUGUCUGGUCCAGCCAGAUGUCAGGAUGAUUUGACUCACAAGUUAUUAGACAUUAUCAAAGCCAACAAUGAGUUGAAGAGGAAUGAACAGAAUGAAGCUCCACCACACAUCAUAUCAGAAUACACAAAAGUGCUACAAUUCCACGUGGCCACACUCACUGACAAUGAGAUGCCUGGCCUUCCAAAGGCUGUACAUUAUAAGUCGGGCCGACCUCUGAAGUCUGUUAAACAAAGGCUGAAGGGAAAGGAAGGACGUCUCCGAGUGGACUUGAUGCGGAAAUGUGUGGACUUCUCUGCCAGAACUGUCAUUACCCCAGAUCCAAACCUCAGGAUUGACCAGGUCGGGGUGCCUAGAAGUAUAGCACAGAACAUGACGUUUCCAGAGGUAGUCACACCCUUCAACAUAGACAGAAUGUACGAGCUUGUGCGGAGAGGGUCAAAGCAGUACCCAGGAGCCAAAUAUAUUCUAAGAGACAAUGGUGAGAAGAUAAACCUAAGUUCUCACCCCAAAGCCAGUGACCUCCAUCUCAAGAUUGGUUACGAGGUUGAGAGACACAUGCAGGAUAACGACUAUGUGGUGUUAAACAGACAGCCAACCCUCCACAAAAUGAGUAUGAUGUGUCACAGGGUUAAGGUGCUGCCAUGGUCAACCUUCAGAUUGAAUGUCAGUGUAACCACACCCUACAAUGCUGACUUUGAUGGGGACGAGAUGAACCUCCAUUUACCACAGUCCCUGGAAACACAGGCGGAGAUCUCAAACCUCGCUUUGGUCCCAAGGAUGAUCAUCACUCCCCAGUCCAACAGGCCUGUCAUGGGUAUCGUACAGGACACACUGACUGCUGUCCAAAAGAUGACAAAGAGAGAUGUUUUCAUUAACAGGGGUGAAAUAAUGAACCUGCUUAUGUUUCUGCCAACAUGGGACGGCCAUAUUCCUCAACCUGCUAUACUCAAGCCUAAACCACUUUGGACAGGAAAGCAGCUAUUCUCCCUUAUCAUCCCUGGCCGCGUAAACUGUAUCAGGACCCACAGUACACAUCCUGAUGAGGAGGACUCUGGCCCAUACAAAUGGAUUUCCCCUGGAGACACCAGGGUGUUGAUUGAGGAUGGCGUGCUGAUCAGUGGGAUCCUAUGUAAGAAGACCCUGGGUACAUCCAGCGGCUCCCUACCCCACGUUGUAUUUAUGGAGAUGGGGUACGAGGUAGCAGGACUUAUGUAUGGUCACAUUCAGACUGUAAUUAACAACUGGCUUCUACUGGAGGGACACAGUAUCGGUAUUGGAGACACAAUUGCUGACCCUCAGACCUAUAUAGACAUCCAGGACACCAUCAAGAGAGCCAAGGCGGACGUGAUGGACGUCAUUGAGAAGGCUCACAAUGAUGAGUUGGAACCAACACCAGGAAACACACUGCGUCAGACUUUUGAAAACAAGGUGAAUCGUAUCUUGAACAAUGCUCGUGACAAAACUGGAGGAAAAGCCCAGAAGUCCUUAUCAGAUUUCAACAACUUCAAAGCUAUGGUGGUGGCAGGAUCCAAUGGGUCCAAGAUUAACACCUCCCAGGUCAUUGCCUGUGUGGGGCAACAAUACGUUGAAGGUAAACGUAUUCCGUUUGGUUUUCGACAUCGAACACUGCCUCAUUUCAUCAAAUAUGAUUAUGGUCCUGAGUCAAGAGGGUUUGUGGAGAAUUCCUAUCAUGCUGGUCUGACGCCAUCUGAGUUCUUUUUCCACGCCAUGGGAGGUCGAGAAGGACUUAUUGAUACUGUUGUGAAAACUGCUGAGACUGGGUUCAUUCAGCGACGUCUGUUCAAGGCUAUGGAGAAUGUGAUGGUAAAGUACGAUGGUACAAUCAGAAACCAGGUAGAACAGUUGGUCCAGUUGACGUAUGGGGAGGACGGACUUGACGGUGUCUGGGUCGAGUUCCAGGCGCUCCCAACACUCAAACCUUCACACAAAUCCUUUGAGAAAAAGUUCAAGUUUGAUGCUUCAAGUGAGAGAAACAUGCGGAAGUGUCUGACGGAGGACAUCAUUAAGGAGCUAAUUGGUGAUGCCACUGCCAUAUCUGAGCUGGAGAAGGAAUGGGAUCAGCUGAAAGAAGAUCGUGAUGUGCUGCGAAAGAUCUUCCCCAUGGGUGACAGCAAGGUGGUCCUGCCCUGUAAUCUAACAAGACUCGUCUGGAAUGCACAGAAACGCUUCAGGAUCAACAAGCGUAAACCUACAGAACUCCAUCCAGUUAAAAUCGUGACAGGUGUUGCUGACUUGUGCAAACGGUUGAUCACUGUCCCUGGAGCUGACAGACUCAGUGUGCAGGCCAAUUACAAUGCCACCAUUCUGAUCAAGUGUCUGGUGCGGUCCACCCUAUGUGCCAAGCGAGUGACAGAAGAGUUCAGACUUAGCUCUGAGGCAUUUGAGUGGCUGCUUGGUGAAAUUGAGACGCGCUUUCAACAGGCUCAUGUAUGUAUCUUAUUCUCAAACUUGCUGUUUUCCAAUAUGUUUAUAUUUGAAUGUACCAUAGUGUCUCUACUUUCCCAGCCAAAAGUGGCGGGAUGGUGAAUUGACUGGACUUGUGAACGUAG